GACGCCGGGCGUAUAGGAGUAGUCAGACCAUCUCAUCUAUGACUCUGGCACCGGCCAUCGAGGGCGAGGAGGAGAAGGAGAUAAAGUGAUCCGACAACAGCUUACAAUUCCUUCAUUGGGGAGCAUUCCUUCCAGGGACCCACAUCACUACCAAAAUGUCGUCCAAGGUAUCCCGUGAUACGUUAUACGAGGCUGUCAACAACAUGUUGACCCAGUCUAAAGAAAAGAAGAGGAGGUUCACUGAGACUGUUGAAAUUCAAUUCGGUCUCAAGAACUACGAUCCCCAAAAGGACAAGCGUUUCUCUGGAACCGUCAAGCUCAAGCACAUCCCAAGGCCAGCAAUGAAAGUUUGCAUUCUUGGAGAUCAGCAGCAUUGUGAUGAGGCUAACGCAAACAAUCUUCCUUGCAUGGACGCUGAAGCAUUGAAGAAGCUAAACAAGAACAAGAAACUUGUUAAGCAGCUUGCUAAAAAGUAUGAUGCCUUCCUUGCCAGUGAGGCCCUUAUUAAGCAAAUCCCCCGUUUGUUGGGUCCUGGCUUGAACAAAGCUGGCAAGUUUCCUGGUCCACUUACCCAUUCUGACUCCAUGGUUCAGAAAGUGGAAGAAGUCAAGGGCACCAUCAAGUUCCAAAUGAAGAAGGUGUUGUGCUUGUGUGUUGCUGUCGGACACGUCAAAAUGUCGGCUGAUGACUUGGCCCAAAAUAUCCACUUGUCAAUCAACUUCUUAGUAUCACUGUUGAAGAAACAUUGGCAGAAUGUUCGUUCUAUCCACAUUAAGACCACCAUGGGAGUCCCUCAGCGCUUGUACUAAUUGUACUACGCAUGUGAUUGUUUGCAAAUAAACGGUGAACAAUUCGCAAAAGAAA